UAAUAAAUAUAAUGGAGGAAAUUAAAAACCGAUCAUACGAGAACCCUGCUAGGGACGGCUUCUUAGCUGUUGGGACGCAAAGCCAGAUUGAACAAAAUGAUAGCUUUUAUAGCUCCCAACAAAACACUGGCAAGAAGAUCAGCAUUCAGCAACAAAGAGCCGCAAAAAUUUCAAACCGUAUAUCUAACAAAUAAAGAGGACGACCAGAGGUUCUCUAAUCUCCCAGAAAGAUAUGAAAACCAAGAGAAUGAUCCUGAACAGAGCACAAUUCGUUACUUAAAAACCAAAAGAAAAGGAAAAUGAAGCAGAAGAUGCAAAGUCUUCACACAGUUACUCUGAAGAUGGAUGACAUGUAGAUGUACUGACCCUAGCCAGAAAGUAAGGGUAAAAAAAUACGAGCCGAGAAAACUUAACCAAGGAUUACUUUCAGUGAUACCCCUGAAACGCCAAGAUCGAGCAGAAUCUGGCUCACAAAAUGAUGAACCCAGGACUUUUUGUAAUCAUUCCUCCUUAGCACUAUUGGAGAAAAACCAUAUUGGGCUAAUUUAAACAUCAAAGUGUGGAUGAGAUUGAUCGAGAAUAUCAGGUGCAGCUUGAAUUACCUGAACUCCAGGGUUCUCAGGGUACAAUAAUUGAGAAAAAUUAUCUGUCGAGAAAUCUUAGACUCAAAUAUGAUUCUUUCGGGAAUUCUGCAACUAAGGUAACUAUCAGCAAAGCUUUAAGGAAAUAAGGACAAGGGUUCAACCCCAAAAGCUAGUGAGUGCCAUAGUAGUUUCAGGCAGGGUAGAAAUGAAACGAUAAAGAAGGAACUUGACCUUGGGAGUCCCUCGUUUAUUGAAAAUGACAACAUCAAGAUUGCUAAAGGAGGGAAUUUCCACCCAAAAGUAAACAAAAUUGUUCAGGAAUGGAUGGAAAUGGAGGAAGGAGAGGAAUUCUCAGAAGCUCAAGGUUCAACCUCCUUUGAAUCAUCCAUUGAGAGAGAUCUCAAGAUUCUCAUCAGAAGACAACACUCCCCUGAUGAACCAAUGCUACUUUACAGUCAAUCCUUCAAGGAUAUCAUUGGAAGAACAGCUACCACAGGGAUGUUGAUAACGCAUGAUUUCCCAAUAGUUGCUGAAAAUCAAUGCGAGAUUGUCUACGAAGAUAAGCAGUUUAAGGCAAAGCCAACCUUCAACUUCAACAAAGUGAGGCUCUACAUCAGCCUCAUUAAGACUUUUAAGGUGAAGAAAAGGGCUGUAAGCAAUAUAAAAUUUGAUGAGCUCCUUAUAACCGCAAAGGCAAACCUUUACAAUAUGGCUGAAGUGAAGGGUGCUAAAAUAAAUUCCAAAAUCUGGAAUCCUACCGAGGACCAGAUUUUGUUGGAAAACCUUCAGAAAUUAAACUUCUGAGCCAUCGCUCUCAAAAUUAAUGAGCAUAACCAGAAUGGUAGGACUAAAGCUGAAAAUGUCAAAGAUUCUGGCCCUCUAGGACCUAAAUCCCCUGAAGACUGUAAACGAAGAGCAGAUUUUCUGAAAAAAACGAGGAAAAUAGGUCAGUUCACAAAAGAAGAAGAUGACAAGAUCCUUAUGGGGUAUAAUAAAUUUCAUGCAAAAUGGGGACUGAUCGCACGAAAGUAUCUGCCGGGUAGAAAUGGCAAACAAAUACGAGAAAGGCAUGUCCCUCCUAAUCAUUAUUCUUUAGAUACGUUAACUACCUGAGCAAAUUACAAAACAAAAAGUCAUCCAAUGAGGCACAAAACAAGGACUUCACUUCUCAUGAAGAUGCCCUCCUGGUUCAAAAAGCUAACGCUUUUGACAAAUAAAUGGGAUGAUGUUCUCAAAGAUGACUUUGAAGGCAAAACAAAAAUUGAAUUAAAGCAACGAUACAGAGAGCUUGAUUCUGCAGCAAACCAAUAUAUUGGACUUCAAGAAAAUAAAGAACUUGAACGAAUCCUAGAUGAGGUGAACUUCAUGGCCCAGCAGGAAGAAAUGGAAUUUGAAAGAAGUAAUGACCAGAUGAUGUUUUCAAUGAAUGCUUAUUAGCACAUCUCCUUAAUACCCCAUAGGAGUCUCUAUUACUUUUCUUCCUUUUUCAAUUUG